GUGAGUUCCCUUUCAACUUUUUUUCGUUUUUUCCACGAAAAACAUCUUUUCAUUCUUAUAAUUUAAAUUAACUAUUAACAAAAUAAAUGUAAAAUAAAUUGUGUUGAUUUGUUUAAGUUGCAACCAUUUAAAAAAUUGUAACGUCUCUUCCAACGAAAAAAGAUCAUAAGUUUGUGUAUAAAUUUCAUCACGCAAAAUAGUAAAGGAAUAAACACUAUUAAGACGCAUUUUUGUUGUCUACUUUCGUACCUAUAUACUGAAAAAAAUUUCCCGAGUUCACAAAAAAAAAAAAACAUUACAAUUAACAAACAAAAAAAAAAGAAAAGAAAAACAGAAAAACAAAAAAAGAUAGAAUAGAAAAAAUAUUGCAUAGCAGAGAAGCUUAAGAAAACGGGAACACAGUCAACGACUUGUUCAGCAUUAACGGCAGCAUGGCUAAUGUGAUUAGCAGUAAUACCAACAACAAUAAUAAUAAUAAGAACAACAAUUGCAGCAGCAAUACUAACGAACCUAACGAAGUUAUGCCUUCCCAGGUCGCAAUAGCAACCGGCACUAGUGACAUUACAAAUUUGAGAGAGCUCGGCAAUUUUCUGCAAACAUAUGGAAACAACGGCCCAAAUUCAUGCCCUUAUGAUCAUGUUAUUGAUAUGAUUAGAGAUUUGAGUCUGCAAGACGAUGGCAUAACAAUGAAUCGUAAAAUCAAAUCUAUUGAAACGGAUUUCUGUAAUAUUGUUAAAGAUGAAAAUAUGCUGCACGAGUCCAUGCAGUAUAUAAAUAAUAAGGCUUUAGAUGAUGAUCAGACAGCAUUAAAAUUUGCUUUACUCUUUGCAUCGCGCAAUUUUGAUGCAUUGGCCAUGAAAGAGACUAAAGUACGCAGUGCCAUGUUAACAAUUUUACAAAACAAUUACACAAAUGCCGACACAUAUCGUAUUCAUAACCGGGAUCGCCUAUACAAUUCGAUAACAUUGUUAGGCGAAUACUAUCAUCGUGUGCGUUUGGCUGAUAACACACCAAUAGCUAUUUUGGGUGAAUCGUUGUUAGGUUUAAUGAUCCGAGAAGUUAAAGAGGCAACAAAUAUUAAUGAUGUUAAAUUGGUCAAAUUGAUAUUGUCGCAAAUUAGCCUUAAUGGUGCAAUAAUGCGCGAUAGACAUAUUGUGGAGUUAAAUCAACUUUUGUUUCUAAUACGAACGAAUUUAAUAGAACAUCCUUGUUUAAAAUCGAAAGUUAAGGCAGUCAUGCUGAUGACAUUGGAUUUGUAUUACAGUAACUUUACCAGUUUGGGCGACACGUUAGAGGAGAUGUAUACCAAAUAUUGGAUUAUGAUCGACGAUGAUGAGGGAAACAAUAAUCAAAAUCAUAAUAAUAGCAUACAAGCCACACCAUCGCAGCCGCCUUGUAAUUCGCAAGAACAACCACUAGAUGUAGCAGAUCAAAACCAUACCGGAUUAGAUAAUGGUGUCGUAGAAGAAAACUCGAAUAUAAUUGAUGAAGAAAAUCCGCAAGAGUCCUAUGAGAACCCAUUUUCUUUGGGUACGAAGAAAUGGAGUGAACACUCAUAUGGAGAUUCAUAUUUAGAUGUUAGCAUCAACGGUGAUAUAAUUGAAAACGAUGAACGCGUGAAUAAUAGCGGAGAUGAGCAACAGGACCCUACUACUUAUUCAUGCAGCGGUUAUUUUGAUGAUAACGAUCUAGAGCGGCAAAAUCGCAAUUCUAGACGUUCAUAUCAGCCGUACCAAUCCCCCCGUCCCUUGAAAGAUAACUUUCAUGAUAACAUCAGUGACUACCAUCACUAUCAGGAGCAUGAUGAUACUCAAGCUAACGGCACCGAAGAGCGAGAUGAAACUAAGCCUUUACCACGUUGGAGAACCACUCGCUUCAAUCGUAACGAUCAAUCGAAAGAUGGACGUUCUCACCAGCGCCGCUUUAGUGCCAGCUUUGAAGAUGAUCGUAAUAGCGUGCAUAGCGAAGGUGGUAGCAUACGUUUGUAUAGCAUUAACGAUCGUCUAAGGCACGCUCAAGAGAAAAUUGAACGCGGAAAUAAUAGCCAAUAUAGCAGUCUUGCAAAUUCCAAUUGGGAUCGUCAAUCGUGUUCGCAACGUGACGAUCGCAGCGAACGUUCCUAUCAGAGCAAUUACGAAAGGGGUAAUCAGCGUCGGGGCGCGCGUAACUACAACAAUCGUUCCAAUUACGACAAACCACCACGUUUUCAAAAACAGAAACAUCACAAUAAUCACAAUAAUGAAAAAAGAAUUGUUAGCGAAUCAUGGCGUCGCUCUACUAAUUCUAAUAACUUUGCAAACGACAGUUCUUCCUAUAACGCAAAUGACCCUGAUGUGAAGGAGCGAAACUUUUCGCGGGCUCAAACACUUCCUAGGCCGGCUAAGUCGAGAAUAGAUGGUGUCAAUCACUCGAAUGCGUGCAACUAUCGACGUAGCCAAAGUCCUAUCGGAUACGAGCGUAAUAGUAAUCAUCAGGGCAAAAUACGUUCACAUAAUUUUAACAAUCGUUACAGUAGUCAAAGUAGUUUGACUAGUGAGACCUCAGGUUGCCAGUCGUCACAGCAGCAGCAACAACAACAACAACAUCAUCAUCAUCAUCAACAUCAACGUAACAGAUCGUUUAAAAGACGCUCUCAACCACCGCCCCAAACAUACAGUCAUGAGGAGGUUUGGAACUGCGAGGACGCUAAAGGUACAAGCGAUGAAUUAGUACGUAAUGCUCAACAAACCACUAAGUACAUGAAUUAUUUGUCCUCGAAAAAAUGAAAAGUAAGAAGCGAUCGAAAGAAGAGGCGCUUAUAUAAAUGAUUGUAUUGCGUUUAUUGUUACACUAAAAAAGAAAAGAAACUGGAGAGAGGAUAACAAUAUAUUCCAAGACAUACGUGAUUAUCUAUGAAAUUUUGUUUUAUAUGAAAAGAUAAUCAACCAUUGUUUAUUGUUCACAUAAGUAACAGUUAAUUUUUGUUUGGUGUAAAAACAAACAAAAAUAGUUUUGAUCUUAUCUUGAAAUCUUGCUUAAUGCAUGUAAUUGUUCUUUCAUGUUUAGUUUAUGUUUUUUGAUAUGUUAUAAGAAAAAGAAACAAAAAAAAAAGAAGUUCAUUUGCAUAAGUUGAAAAGUUAAGUUCGUUUACUUAAGACGCCGGCCCCUGCAGCUCAGGAUAAAAAAAAAAAAAAAAAAUUAACAAACAACAAAAAUUUAACACAAACCACUACUUACUUGUAUCUCCCAAUAAUGGCAAAUCUUAUUUUACAUUAGCUUUUUUUCCUUAAGAUAAUUUUUUUUUGUUUUUUAACGAAAACUGCCUGCUUUAAGCUCACAAAUUAUAAACAGAAUUUUACCCGGGAAUGUACAAAAAUUAAGGUUGAAGAUAUUGCCAUUUUUAGAUAACAUAUACAUUUUAUAAUUUAAUUUUUAAUUUACAUUAGUUUUGCAUUCACAAAGUAGCUUAAAUGUUGUCGCAAAUUGUGUUUUCUUUUUCUUUUUUUUUUUUU